AUGGCAACUUCUCCCCGUCCAUUGCAGGGCAUACGCGUUGUCGAGCUUGCUGGGUUAGCCCCAGGCCCCUUUGCCGGACUUAUGUUGGGCGACUAUGGUGCAUCAGUCGUACGGGUAGAUAGACCGCAUCCUAAUGCCCAUUCGCAAUCAAAGCCCGCUCCGCCGCCUACUUUCGAUGCGCUCACACGGCACAAAACGUCCAUCAGCCUGGAUCUCAAAAACCCGGAUUCAAAGGCCGUUCUACUUUUUCUAUUAUCCAAAGCAGACGUCCUAAUAGAUCCCUAUCGUCCCGGCGUCCUGGAGAAGCUAGGAUUAUGCCCUACGACAGUGCUACUAAAGCAUAACUCCCGUCUCAUAGUUGCGCGGAUGACCGGGUUCCGCCGCGAUGGGAAGUACAAAGACAUGGCAGGCCAUGAUAUAAACUAUAUAGCUGUUUCUGGAGUUCUAUCCCUCUUAGGACGGGAAGGGGAAAAACCAUAUCCACCCGGAAACAUACUCGGGGACUUCGCUGGUGGUGGAGCCGUUUGUUUCCAAGGCAUACUGCUUGCUCUCCUAGCUCGUCAAGCUACGGGGAAAGGCCAAGUGGUUAACGCCAACAUGGUUGACGGGUCAGCUUACUUGGCUACUUUCCCGCGCCUUGCGAGGCAGAGUCCAAUGUGGGAUGGACCCAGGGGCAGCAAUGUACUUGACGGUGGGUGUCCAUAUUACGCUACGUAUGAGACCAAGGAUAAGGAGUCGCAGUUUUAUACUGCGUUCUUGCAGGGGUUGGGGCUAGAGGAGAAAGAUUUGUUUCCACUUGGUUCGAACAUGGAAAGGCAAGACAGGGAUAAUUGGCCGUAUAUGCGCGCAGUACUUGAGAGAAAGUUCAAGGAGAAAACUAGGAGUGAAUGGGCAGCUAUAUUUGACGGAACAGAUGCGUGUGCCACUCCUGUCCUGACCAUGGACGAGCUUGAGAAGGAAGGAUAUGAUCAACGACCUAUCGUUGGGUUAUCCGAUACGCCCGGGUUAGAUAUUGCGCCUGAUGACGGCGGAUGGUCUGGCGGCGGCAUGUGUCCUGGCAACGGAGGCGAAGAGACGUUAAAGAACUGGCUUGGGUGGCAGCGAGGGAAGGACUACGAUGUACAUGAAGGAGCUCUUGUUAAAGUUAAGGUUGCCGGGGUGAAGCUCUGA